AGCGUCCGUUUAGUUUUGAUAAGUUUCUCGCAAAUGGCUGUGAUGUUAAGACGCGUCUAGGAAAUUUUUACAUACAUAUUUAGAUUUUUGAAAGUUACAAUGCAGUGCAUUUUAAAGACGACGAGAUACGCUGGGCUUUUAAAUAAACGCAAUUUCGUGACUCGACGUGCAAUUGGAUUGCAAUUGAGUUGUUCGCAGAAAGAGAAUCUCGAAAGAUUGCUCUUGCCACAAGAUGAAUUCCAGACGAGACACAUCGGGCCGAGGGAAAGAGAACAAGUGAAAAUGUUGAGACUACUUGGAUUCAAGAGUCUCGAUGAGCUAACGGAAACAGCAGUACCAGCUAAGAUUCUUUACAAGGGCGAUUUGAAUCUUGACGAUCCCAUUACUGAGUACGAGCUGAUAAAGCGGAUCACCAGAAUUUCGGAGAAGAAUGAUGUGUGGCGGUCUUACAUAGGCAUGGGGUAUCACAACUGUUGCGUGCCGCACACGAUUAUGCGCAAUAUUUUCGAAAACCCGGGAUGGACGACGCAGUACACUCCUUAUCAGCCGGAGAUUUCGCAAGGACGACUGGAAGGCUUGUUGAAUUACCAAACAAUGAUAUGCGACUUGACGGGGAUGGAGGUGGCUAACGCCUCCCUCUUGGACGAAGGAACUGCAGCGGCGGAGGCUUUGGCUCUCGCGUAUAGACACACCAAGAGAACGAAAUUGUUUCUAUCCGAUCAAGUGCAUCCUCAGACUAUCGGCGUUAUUGCAACGCGCGCCGCUUCCCUGGGUUUGACGCUGGAAAUUGGUGAUGUGUUCAAGGCGAACACCUGCGCCAAGGAUAUCGCCGGUAUUCUCGUCCAGUAUCCCGAUACAACUGGCUGCGUACACGAUUUCGAGAACAUCGUCAUCAAAGCACACGAAAACGGGACACUCGUUUGCGCAGCUACCGAUUUACUGGCUCUGGCUAUACUUCAACCACCGAGUGAGUUUGGUGUCGAUAUAUGCGUGGGCACGAGUCAACGUUUCGGAGUGCCGCUCGGAUACGGCGGACCCCACGCGGGAUUCUUUGCUUGCCGUCAGAAGCUGGUGCGACUGAUGCCCGGCAGGAUGAUAGGCGUUACGAGAGACUCUAGCGGGCAAGAUGCUUAUCGGCUGGCACUUCAGACGCGCGAGCAGCAUAUCAGAAGAGACAAGGCCACCAGCAAUAUUUGCACCGCGCAAGCGUUGCUGGCGAAUAUGUCCGCGAUGUACGCGGUUUAUCACGGACCUCAAGGGAUACGGGACAUCGCGAACAGAGUGCACAAUUUAACGUUGGCUCUCGCGUGGGGUUUAGAAGCGGCCGAAAACGCGAUAAACAAUAUAUAUUUUUUUGACACCAUCAGAGUGACCCCGAAGAUCUCUGUGCAAGAGGUCAAAGCCAAUGCGAACAGAGCUAAGAUAAAUUUGAGAUAUUACAACGACGAUACGAUCGGAAUAUCUCUAGAUGAGACGACAACGGUGGAAGACGUGAAUGAUCUUUACAAGAUAUUUUCGGCCAACAUUACGGUCGAGGAUGUUGUCCAGGACGACAGUUAUCUCGCGAGGAAUUUAGACAGAUCGAACUUCUACCGCACUAUUCCGUACUUACAACAUCCCGUCUUCAACAGCUACCACUCUGAAACUAGGAUAGUUCGGUACAUGAAAUCUCUCGAAAACAAGGAUGUAUCUCUCGUGCACAGCAUGAUUCCGCUGGGUUCUUGCACGAUGAAACUAAACUCGACCACAGAGAUGAUGCCUUGCAGUUUGAAAGGCUUCACGGACAUACAUCCCUUCGCUCCGCUCGAACAGGCCGAGGGAUAUCGAGAACUAUUCGCCGAGUUAGAACGAGAUCUGUGCGCGAUCACCGGUUACGACGGUAUCAGUUUUCAACCGAACAGCGGGGCGCAGGGUGAGUACGCGGGUUUGAGGGCUAUACAGUGCUAUCACGAGUUCAACGCCGAUAAGCAUCGGCAAGUCUGUCUGAUUCCGAUAUCCGCGCACGGCACGAAUCCCGCGUCCGCGCAAAUGGCGGGCAUGCGGGUGGAGCCGAUUCUUGUGCGGAAAGACGGCUCCGUCGACACGACACAUCUUACGGAGAUGAUAGACAAGCAUCGAAAGACGCUGUCCUGUUUGAUGAUCACGUAUCCGUCUACAAACGGAGUGUUCGAGGAGACGAUCGGCGAUAUAUGCGACAUGGUACACGACGCCGGUGGGCAAGUGUACUUGGACGGCGCCAAUAUGAACGCUCAAGUCGGUCUAUGUCGACCAGGCGAUUACGGCAGCGACGUGUCGCAUCUCAAUUUGCACAAAACGUUCUGCAUUCCUCACGGAGGCGGCGGGCCCGGCAUGGGUCCAAUUGGAGUAAAGCGACAUCUUAUACCCUUCCUUCCAAAUCACCCGGUGAUAAAUUGCUCGAGUUACGGUAACGACGACAUAAAAAAUCUCGGCGCUGUCUCAGCCGCGCCUUUCGGUUCGUCCGCCAUUUUACCGAUCUCGUGGGCUUACAUCAAAAUGAUGGGCCCGAAGGGUUUGCGCAAAGCCACGCAAGUGGCUAUUCUCAACGCCAAUUACAUGAGCAAGAGAUUAGAGAAACAUUACAAAACGCUGUACAAAGGUGAAAGCGGACUGAUCGCGCACGAGUUCAUUUUGGAUAUAAGGGACUUUAAGAAGACUGCUAAUAUUGAGGCCGUCGACAUCGCGAAGAGAUUAAUGGACUAUGGUUUUCACGCGCCGACCAUGAGUUGGCCCGUGGCCGGAACCUUAAUGAUCGAGCCGACUGAAUCAGAAGACAAGAUCGAGUUGGAUAGGUUUUGCGAUUCCCUAAUCUCUAUAAGAAAGGAGAUUGCAGAUAUUGAGGAAGGGAAAAUGGAUAUUGCGCAGAAUCCUUUGAAAAUGGCACCUCAUACUCAAGAACAAGUGAUAACCACCGAAUGGAAUCGGCCGUACUCGCGAGAAUUAGCGGCUUUUCCAGCUCCAUUCGUGAGAGGAAGAAAUAAGAUUUGGCCAAGUGUCGGAAGAAUAGACGACAUAUACGGCGAUAAAAAUCUAUUUUGCACGUGCCCGCCCGUUUUAUAAGAACAAUAACUACGAUGUGACUUACACAUAUCAUGUACAGCUAUAGAAUUAUAUACAUAUAUGUAAAUAUUUAUUGCAACUUUUUUAUACAAAUAUAUUUAUAUGCAAAGUUUUUGAAGCUCGUUCUCUAAUGAGCAGGUAAAAUAUAAGAAAUAAAACAUACAAAUUAUGUAGAA